AUGGCAUCCUUACCAAAUUCCAAGCCAGACCGGGUUUUGGUGAAGACGACCUUGCCCAUCCGUCCAACACCACUAAACUCUAGCCGUCAGCCAGUCACGACCGGUCGCUUAAUUAUUCGGUCUAUUGUUCCCGAGGACCUUGAGAGUUUGCACGUGUUGCGCACGCAGCCGGAAGUAAUGGCAAAUAACCCUCAGGGGAGAAUCGACAAAGAUCUGGAGGAGACGCAGCGACGGCUGGAUUUAUUCCUUCCACCAAAGGAUGAAGAAACGUUUAAUUUUGCUAUCUGUCUCAAGGAAACGGGCGAGAUGAUUGGUACUGGCGGCUGCUACAGAUUUACUUCCAUGUUUGGCUGGCCGAUAAUUGGCUACAUGAUUCGUAAGGAAUUCUGGAAUCAGGGAAUUGUAACUGAGUUUCUCCAGUCAUGGCUGGACAUGUGGCGCAAUCUACCUCGAGAAGAUGCGGAGAUUGAGGUUGAUGUGCGAACACUUCGUGAUGGAGAUGGGCCGGUUCUGGAGCAGAUUGUGACGUGGGCAGUCGCAGACAACAUUGGUAGUCAGAGAGUUCUCGAGAAGUCUGGGUUCGAGAACUUCCUGACUUGGACAGAACCCGAUCUUAGAAACACAGAGAUUAACGUGGAUCUGAAAGCGUUCAGGUACUUUCUAACCAAGUAA